UAAGGGCCCUUCAAACCUACCUUUCACGUGCGCCAACGGACUAUGCGGGACCAUUGUUUUGCUACUCAAACGGUGUUCCUUUAUCACGUAGCCAAUUUACUAAGGAACUACGAACACUUUUGGCCCAAGGUGGUCAUCACCCUGCUCACUAUGCAGGCCACAGCUUUAGAAUCGGAGCGGCUACCACAGCUGCGUCCCAAGGUUUGCCUCAUUGGCUUAUUCAAACGCUAGGAAGAUGGUCUUCCGAUUGUUACCUCAGAUAUAUUCGCACGCCAAUCAAUGUCCUUACAGGCGUUUCAAAACGAUUGAUUGCAGAGUGA